GUCAUUUGGUUGGGAGAUUUGAACUAUAGACUUUGCAUGCCUGAUGCUAAUGAGGUGAAGAGUCUUAUUAAUAAGAGUGACCUUCAGAGACUAUUGAAAUUUGACCAGCUAAAUAUUCAACGCACACAGAAAAAAGCUUUUGUUGACUUCAAUGAAGGAGAAAUCAAGUUUAUCCCCACAUAUAAGUAUGACUCUAAAACAGACCGAUGGGAUUCCAGUGGAAAGUGUCGGGUUCCAGCCUGGUGUGACCGAAUUCUUUGGAGAGGAACAAAUGUUAGUCAGCUUCAUUACCGUAGUCACAUGGAACUGAAAACCAGUGACCACAAACCUGUUAGCGCCCUCUUCCAUAUUGGGGUGAAGGUUGUGGAUGAACGGAGGUAUAGGAAGGUAUUUGAAGAUAUUGUACGCAUCAUGGACAGAAUGGAAAAUGACUUCCUUCCUUCCUUAGAACUCAGCAGGAGGGAGUUUGUGUUUGAGAAUGUGAAGUUUCGGCAACUGCAAAAGGAGAAGUUCCAGAUCAGCAACAAUGGACAGGUUCCCUGCCAUUUUUCUUUCAUCCCUAAACUUAAUGACAGCCAGUACUGCAAACCAUGGCUUCGGGCUGAACCUUUUGAGGGCUACUUGGAGCCAAAUGAGACAGUGGACAUUUCUCUUGAUGUAUAUGUCAGCAAAGACUCUGUGACCAUCCUGAACUCAGGGGAAGAUAAGAUUGAAGAUAUUCUUGUCCUUCACCUGGAUCGAGGCAAAGAUUACUUCUUGACCAUCAGUGGAAAUUACCUCCCAAGUUGUUUUGGUACAUCCUUAGAGGCUUUGUGCCGAAUGAAAAGACCAAUCCGAGAAGUUCCUGUCACCAAACUCAUAGAUUUGGUAAGAAGCAUUCUAAGAUAUAAACUUCCUUACAUAUAAUUUUCAUCAUAUUUAACUGAUGACCUCAUCAUGUCUAUGCUUUCUCUCUUUUUUUGGGCAGGGGGACUGUCAAGUGACAUGUAAGAAGGUCACUUUAUCCUAGCACUGCUUUGAUUAGAUUAGCCUCAGAAGAAAGAAGAGAGAUUAAUCUGUAGUUAGCUCUUGUUGGGAAUAUAAUAUGUAAUACUAAGUUCACCAAAUAUAAAUAUAAUGCAUAUUUGGUAAGCUGUUCAUGCUCUCAAGUCACUUUUGUAUACGUUGUACAUACAAGUGCCAUGCAUUAUUAUCCUCAUUAAACAUAUGAGAAAACUGAGGCACAGAGACAUUACUUUGCCCAAAGUCAAAGAAGUGAGUGACAAAUCUAUGACCCAGGUUUUCUGACUCCUGCUCCAGUAUUCCUCCCUAUACCACAUUCUGUCUAAUCACAAUAAAACUUCACUUUAUUUGGGAGCCAAGACCUAUAGUAGAAACUUGGAGUACCUGAAUCACAGUACAGGUUCCUCCUAGCAACAGAUUCAGAAUCUCAGGGGGACCUAUGAAUCUGCAUUUUAUCAGCAUCCCAGAUGAUUAUAAAAAAUGUACGUUAAGACUUAAUAUUUAUCUAAUGUGACUCAAGGAAGAAGAGAAGAUGAUUUCCUCCUUCCUUCCCCAAGUCAAGUUAUAAGAACAAUGUCCUUAAGAGGGAAAUGCAUAUCGUUUUCAGGGACAUAAAUUGAUUUAAUAACAAGUUCAUCCUAUUAAGAACUUUUCUUCUAAAUGAAAAUAUUGUUGGAUUUGUGUGCAG